GUUCUUUUCCCUCUCCCUCUUUCUUCCUCUUAUCUCGAUCGAUUCUUAAUUGAUCUUCCUUCCUCCUCUUCUCUUCUCUUUUUUUUUUUUUUUGAGUUUGGAUUUUGAUUUUUAAUUUGUGGGAGUUUGGUUUUCCUUCCUGACAUCCUUUAUCCUUCAUAUCCUCAUCCAUCUCUUUCCCUCUCCCCUCUAUUAUCUUGUUUCUCUUUCUUCUCCCUUGUCUUUGCUUUUAUACCGGGUAUCGUUUUCGCGGGUCUUACCUUUCUUAUUCCCUUACGCCGUCCGCCACCUCGACUCUUCCUGUGCCUGGAUAGUCGACAUGCUUAUGCUCCCUUAGUACGACAUACGACUUCCAGGCUCAGUAUCGUUAUCUAUCGCGAUCGAUUCAAAAGCGCUCCCCUCCCCCUCGCUCCCCACCGCCUCCCUCCUCCUUUCUUCCUCCGCUGUUCGAUGUGGUCCAAACGGGAACCAGUUGGGACUACAAUGGGUCCCCCGAUGGUCGCGCGGAAAAGGCUUUUACGCUUUCUGGUCGCUAUCUGUCUGGUCAGCGCCUUCUCCUUCGUCCUUUGGCCGCAUGUCGACCAACCUAGUGUCACGACGACGACGAUUUCUGGCAACGUGACGGUCACGUCCGACGUCCAGUGUGAUCCCGAUACCGAUGUCCUCAACCGCCUCAAUAUCCGCAAGCUGAGCCAGUACGUGCGCCGCGAUGUGAUCGCCGUGCCGUCCGCCGCCAAUGAUCCCUUGCCCAUCAAGCACCUCCUCAACUACCCUCUGUUCGAACCCUCCUUGCCGUCGGUCGACGCCCAGGGCAACCCGCUGGAAGAACCCGCCCAGAAGGACUGUAAGAUGGAUAACCCCAUCACCGUCCAGGUGCCCCGUCCGCCUCGCAACGUCGACGCAUCUCACAUCGACUUCGGUGUCGCCACCACCCUCUCACGUCUCAACGAUUCCGUCGAGCAGUUUGCCCACUGGGCCGGUUACACCCGCACCCGCAUCUUCGCCUUGAUUGAACCCGACGACCGCGCCGCGGAGGUGCAGGCCAAGGCCGACCUCCUGGGUAUCAACCUCUACAUUACCGAGUCCGACGAGGAGUACCAGCGCCGCUAUUUCUCGCUGGUCGCCCACCUGGCUCAGAAUGUGCGGUCGCAGACCCGCUGGUCCUGCAUCAUCGAUGACGAUACCUUCUUCAUGUCCAUGUCCACCCUGGUCAAGUCCCUGUCCGAGUACGACGACACAAAGAAUUACUACGUCGGCGGCUUGUCGGAGAGCAUCCCGCAGAUCGGCGUUUUCGGCCUGAUGGGCUUUGGUGGCGCUGGUGUCUUCCUGUCCCGGCCCCUGCUCCUGGAGCUUAGCGAUCCCGACGUCUUCGAGGCCUGCCAAAACAUGGAUUUCACGGGCGAUCGACGCAUCUCCAUCUGUGUCUACCAGAACACCGAGACGCAUUUGACCAUCAACCACGGCCUGCACCAGCUCGACGUGACCGGCGACGUGUCCGGCUUCUUCGAGUCGGGUCGCCAGCCGCCGCUGUCGGUUCACCACUGGAAGUCGUGGUUCCACACCGACAUGGGCAAGCUGAGCGUGGUGCGCGACAUCUGCGGUGACUCCUGCCUGCUGCGCCAGUGGCAGUUCGAGGACGGCUGGAUCCUGACCAACGGGUAUUCGAUCAUCAAGUACAGCCUGCCCGUGGAUCCGUUCGAGAAGACCAUGGAAUUGACCUGGGACGGCGAGAACGGCGCGGUGUACGAGUCGUACCUGCACGAGUUUGGCCCGAUGCGUCCCAAGGACGAGCAGAAAUACAGCUAUCGCUUGGAAGAUGCCGUCUUGGAGGGCAACCAGGUGCGCCAGUGGUACGUCCACCGCGACGAGGCCAACGGCGACCAGGUGUUCGAGUUGACCUGGCGUGCCGGGUAAACCCGCGGUCUCCGUUCCUCAUGUUUUUUUUUUCUCUUCUCAUUCUGGAUAUUUUUGAUUUCCAUGGGCCCACCAUACGGCCCUUUAUACAUAUCGAACUCCUGGCCGGCCGCAUGCAACGACCCCCGACCCUUUCACCCGCCCGCCCUAUACAUACAACCCCUCUCCUUCCUCCACACGAACCCACAUAGACCCGAAGGAAUCCUCUCCCCCGCUCCCGCCCGGUCAGGAUAUAAUUGAAUUGUCAUGGCGCAUAGAUGAUCCGUUUUUUGGCUUGGAUGAUGUCACGGGUGCAAUUAAAAAUGCACAUAUUGUUUGAAUCCGGGGCUUCCGCAUUUUCCUUACUUCUCUCUGCAUUUAUUUUCUUUCUUCUUUCACUUUGAGGGGCGUCUCCUCCAUGGACGAGGACUCCCCCGGCGAUCGUGUGUACAGUACCGUACGUCGGAACGGUCGGAUCGCACUUUUUUUUACCUUUUUCCUUUUGCCUUUCCGCGCCACCCUUCUUUUCUUGUCGUGGUGCGGAGAGUUCAACCCUUUAUACAUAGGUUACCGGUGUUCGUCCUCGUGUUGGGAUUAAUGUACAGAUUGAUUUUUCCAUGUACUAUCAAUGUACUUGCG